GCAGGAGAGAGGAGGAGAGAGCAGAGCAGAGCAGAGCCGGCUGGUGUCCUGCUCCAGGACGGAGACAGGAGGGCAAGAGUGGAUGGCAUUGGAAACCAAGGGGUCCCUCCCGGGCACAAUCCUUACCCCUGGGUUGGAGCAAAGCAUUUCCUCUGGUUCCAGUACAGGUGAAUUCGUUUUGAAGCCAGUACUCAAAGACGUGAGACAUCAGCAGGAAAGGAGGGCCAGAACAGCCUACCUCUGAGUAAUCCAAACCCUGUCUCUGGCCCUGACCCUGCCAGUGUUCACCUCCAGCUCGGAGGAGUCCACAGGGCAGGGAGUACCCUACAGUGAAGUGAAGUGACUUCCUAUCUAUCUUAGAGGUUGUGAUUAGAUACUGUCCAGGCCUGAGACUGGGUCCCACUCCUAGGGACAAACAUAGGCUGCCCAAGGACCCAGAGAGGAUACUCCCUCAGGUGAAGAAUCCCAAACCAGCUUUCCCAGAGGAGUAAAAAGAGAACAUACUAUGUUUGGCACUCAGCUGUUCCAGCCUCAGCCCUCAGGGACCAGGCCUACUGAAGGAAGAUCUCACUCUGGUGACUUUGAGCUUCCUGAGGAAGGCUACAACUGUCCAGCCAUGGAGUCCAAAGAGGACAGCUUGAGCACGUUUGAAGGUCCAGGACAGUCCAGUCUUUUGGACCUGGAAGAGAAAGAAGAAAAAGUCUUGGACAAUGUACCCUGUGGAAUGAGGGAAGAGGGGUCCCAGCCAUCAAGUCCGCUUCUAACUCAUUCGGUCAGUGGUCCUAGGCAACCGCCUGGGAGGUCUCAUGAGACAUGUGGCACCAGCCAGGACUGGAAAGUAGCCAGAGUGCAGGCUGUCCCGGUUUCCAGCCCCAGCUCAGCCCAGAAACCAGCACUGUGUCGGAGUACCAGCUUCACUGAGAAGGACCUGAAAGAGGCCAAAGCACAGAGUCAGCUAAUUGCCGCCCAGCUGACCACUCCUCCCAGCUCCAAUUCCCGAGGGGUCCUGCUCUUCCACAGGCGCCGGCAAAGAGUAAAGGAGUUCACUUUAGAGAGCUUUGGGAAACAGGGACAGAAACCCGGCCCUGUGCACAGCCCUCAAACCUUCCCUGUUGAGACUCCAGACCAUGGUCCAGAGCUCUGCCUGAAUCACACUCCCCAAGGCGCUCAUCCAAGCCCCUCUUCAUCCCUUGGUAUCCAGUCCCCAGAGGUAGGGAAUCCUUGCCGCAAUAUGGAGGGGCAUGGGAAGAACACAGAUGUCCUGAGCCAGAGAUCCCUGGAGAAGGCAGCCAGUGAAGAGGAGGAGAUCCCUUUGGUGGUUUACCUAAAGGAAAAUGCAGCCUUGCUCACCGCCAAUGGACUCCACCUAUCUCAAAGCAAGGAAGCUCAGAAGGGUCCUUCACUGGCUGAUGCAAAUGCUCUCACUAUGGAUGUGAAUCAGAAUCCUUCCUUGACUGAGACUACACCCACCACGCUAGUGAGUGAUGUCAACCAGAACCCACCGGCGAUGGACAUUGGUCAGAACGCAUCAGUCUCCAGCACCAAACAGAAUGCAUCUGAAUCCCAGGUACAGCAGGACACCCCUGUGGCUGACUUUAAACCCAGCACUCUGCUUGUGGAUGAGAAAACCCAUUCACCAAGCCCAGACAUGAGUUCCAGUGCAGCUGUUACUGAAGUGAAGCCAAGCAUAGUACCUACAAAUGGCAAGGCCAGUCCCCACUCUGGGGAGGCGGUCCCCAGCUCCACCACGAAUGCCACGGUCCCUGACGUCAAGUCUAGCGUCUUGGUCAUCGAUGUCAAACCCAGUGGCCCAGCAGUGGGGCUAGAGAUGUCUGGGCCGGCUAUCGGCACCCCGGUCCCCAAGCAGCACAGUGAGGUCCACCUUACCCUGGCCAAACCUCAGUCAGUGGUGAACAGGACGGCCAGGCCAUUUGGAGUCCAGUCUCAAGGGAUCAAUAGCCAGUUGGAACGGAGUCCGAUGAUGGAGAGACGCCCCAUGGGAGAGAGGAGCCCCAGGGCACAGGCGCACACAAUAGGGGAGAGAAGUCCUCAGGUUCAGAGGCAUACUGUAAUGAUGAGAAGCCCUAUGGUGGAGAGGAGGCCUUUGAGAGAGAGCAGUCCUACCAUGGAGAGGGGCCCUAUGGUAGAGAGACCGGUGAUGGUUGAGAGAAGUCCUGCUUUGGAAAAACGCCCGUUGGGAAAUUUCACUCCACCCCCCACCUACGCUGAGACUUUGUCAACGACACCUCUGGCCUCUAGGGGCAGGUCUCCGCCUUCAUAUUCUGUCCUGUACCCCAGCACUGAGCACAAGCAAACGCGUCUUAAGGGGCCUAGCUAUGGGGAGGGCAGACCAGCAUCUGUAGCCAAGACGGGCAUCUUGGAGGAGUCGAUGGCCCGCCGGGGCAAUAGGAAGUCCAUGUUCACCUUUGUGGAGAAGCCCAAAGUGACCCCUAACCCUGAUCUCUUGGAUUUGGUACAGACAGCUGAUGAGAAACGGAAGCAGAGAGACCACGGGGAGCUGGGCCCAGAGGAGGAACCAUUUGCACUUGGAGCUGAAGCAUCCAACUUUCAGAAUGAGCCACCCCCCAGGGACUGGUCUAGCCCUACCUCUGAGGAUACCCUCCCAGAAUGGUCAUCGUGCCUCAAGUCGCCCAGCAUCCGGGCCAAGCCUGAGCGAAAACCAAACCAGAACCUCACGGAGGCCACUGGCAAGGGAGCUGAGCUGUAUGCCCGACGCCAGUCCCGAAUGGAGAAAUAUGUAAUUGAGUCACCAGGCCAUGCUGAGUCGGCCCGCUGCCCAUCUCCCACUAUGUCCCUGCCUCCUUCCUGGAAAUACUCCAAUGCUCCGGGGUUUCCAGGGGGCUUCCGGGUGGCAAGCCGGAGCCCUGCCCGAACACCGCCCGCCUCUCUGUACCACGGCUACCUGCCAGAGAACAGGACUCCACGCAGGGAGGUGGAGCCCACCAAACAGCAGCCUUACCAGCUCCAAUCCUCACUCUUUGUUCUCACUCCCUCCAAGGAGCCAGCCAAGAUCCCAGCAAGAGCAGCCUCACCUGCCAAGCCGGGAUCUCUUGAUUUGGAACCUGUGGGGAGGCUGGCACCCUGCCCAGCUGGUUCUGUCCUUCCCCCUUCGCCUGCCCUGCCUCGGCCAGCACGCACUUCACCUGCCCUGUGUCCCUCACCAGUGGGCCCAGGAGGUCUUGUCCAAGAUGUUACCCAGAUGAGUGGCAGCAGCCCCACCUUUGGUGGUGAAGUAUCUCCGGUGUCUCCUUCCCGGGCAUGGUCUCCAAGAGCCAAGGGCCAAGCUCCGAGACCUUCAUUCUCUACACGGAAUGUGGGGAUUGAGCCCCAGGAAAGAUGGGAAUGUCGCCCCACCUCCCCUCCCGAGACCCCCGGCUCACCGCGGCCAGCCAGCAGUCUGGACGGCUGGGGGGGCCGUGGUCCUUCCGAGUUCUGCCAGAUGGUCACCACGAGCAGUCCCCCUCCACCCCCGCCCAUCCCCUCCUGGAGCGAGGGCUCCUUGUCCUCGAUGCAGGCUGAGCCCAAGGGCAGCAGCCGCCAGAUGCAGGCCCUGGUUGCCAGGAACAUCAUCAAUGCCGCCCGCCGGAAGAGCUCCUCCUCCCCCCGAUCUCCAGGGGCAGAAUGGCUGAGGCCCCUCUCAGCCACCCAGGCCCUGCCUCCUGCCAGCCCCAGAGGGCUGGGCAGCCCGUGUCCUCCCCUGAAGAGCGCCCUGGGAGACGGCUAUCGCCUUUCCUCCCUGCCCGGUGGUACCUUCUCCCCCAUCCUGAAGAGCCCCCUGCCCUCGUCCCAAGCACCCUUUGGGGACGGCCCCCGGCCCUUCCUACCAGCCAGCCCCCGGAGUCCAGGCACCACCCGACCCUUAGCCUUCAGGAGCCCCUUGCCCUCACCUAGUCCACAGGUUCGUUCACCUGUCAAGCCCUACACCAGUCGCUCGCCCACAGACUCUGACGUAUCCCUCGACUCUGAGGACUCGGGGCUCAAGUCCCCCGGUCUCCGUGGCUACAAUAUAUGCCCCCGGGGCUGGCACGGGAGCAGCCUGCGGCUCAAGAGAGGCAGCCUCCCCUCGGAGACCCCCUGCACAUCCUAAGAUCCACCUAGGCUGGGGGCGGAGAGAGGAAGAAAUGCCUGGGGACGGGGCGGGGGCUUCGGGGUAGGGGAUCUGGGGGCAGGUUUCAGCCCAUGGGGACACCUUCCCUCGAAGGGGCUGAGGCCAGCUCGGGACAGCUGACGUGUUGUCCUCCACUUCCCCUUGGGGGGAGGGGGGUCCUGACUCGGCACCCUUUACCCCAGUGUUGGAGAAGCAGUUUUUCUGUUUCUUUUCCACCACUUCUGCCACCUAGUGGAGCAGUCAGUCCCCAGUUAGUCCUCCCCCAAACCAAUUCCUGGCCCUUUGGGGCCAGGGACUGAGAUUCAGUGCCUCCACCCCCACCACCCUGCUUUUUCCUCUGGCCUCAGAACCAUGGAGGAGUGAAGAGCAGGGGACAACUUAGGGGACAAAAUAGCCAAGUAUGAAGUGGGCCUGCUCCCUCCGAGGGCUGCGCCUCUGCCAGUCCAACCUGGCUCCAGUCGGCUUGGCAGGAUAAAGCUUGGCCGCUGUCAGGUGUUUUCCAUCCCCUCCAUGACCCCAUCCUCUAUUUUUACCACGGUGACCUUUAAAGGCGGCUUAGCUUCUGCUAGUUCUUUAGGUGCCCAACUCUGCCCUUCUAUCUCUGGAGCUGGGGCAGACAAGCGAAGGUGCAUUGGGAGGGGGAAUCAGGAAGAAGAGGAGCAGUGGUCCUGCUCUGGGCACUGUUUGCUGGGUUCAGCAAACCCCUGCCCACCCAUUCCAGAUGUUGCAUGGUUCCCCAGGAUGAUACACAAUCAGUACAAGAGAAUCAUUUACCAACUUCCCCUCCCAACAGUGUAAUUUAUACCAAAAGUAUGAGAGUUGAAGAUUCUUGGAUAAAACCAGGGAAUGCCCCGGGGGAGGGGGGUGUCCUCCAACCCUCUCCCCCCUCCCCCCUCCUUGAAUACCUAUUAUCUCAUCCUGGGAAAAAGAAGAAAGUCUUAACUGGGCAAAGGGUUUUCUACAGUGUUUUGCCCUAACCCUCAAACCUCCUUGGGUGGUGGAGGCAAAGAGGGGGCGAAGGGACAAAUUAGGCUUUAGCAUUAAAUCAGGGUGUAUCGGCAGUACUGUGGGCAGGGGGCUAGAGAUAAGUAGGAGUGUCCUUCCCUUCUACUUUGGGUCUUCUCUCCCUCAGGAGCUGUUUGAGCUCCUGUCUUCUGCCCUUGGUGAGAACUCUGCAACUCUGAGGUGGAAUCUGCCUCGGAUUCCUGCUCUUUGGGGACAUGCAUUGAUCAGAGGAUCGACUGCUUGGAGAUCUGGCCCCAGCAACCUCAGCCAUGUUUCUCUUCCACCCCCACAGGGCCAAAUGCCCCUCAAGUCCAAAGCCCUGUGCCAGCAGUACGGCCCUGAGCCCUAGAAGGGUAGGAAGCAGUUGGUUUGAAAACCCAGGCCCAUGGCCCCUCCUGGGGGAACAGACUGGCUACUGCAGGGUUCUUCCAGUCUGUGGUGGUGGCAUGUCAGUGAUGGAGGCUGAGAAGAAAUGGGAAGGAGGUCAGGUACUCUGCUGAGGGGCAGAAGCUUGUGAAGAGCAGGACUGAUGAAGAUGUGGGUGCACCUUGGAACAUCUGGUCGGGAGGCUACCCAGCAUGUGGGGAAACUGAUCUCCCAUAAGCCUCCAGAGGAAGCAGGAAUGAGGUGGCUUAGGAAAUCCCCAGGCAUGUUAGGUCACUGGAGCCAGGACACCUCAGAAGGCACAAGUAACAGGAGGUGGGGAGAGACUCUGAGAGCACACUGCAGCAAGGGCUCUCCUAGUCUUUAUGCCCGGUAGCCACAUUCUCACCUAGGGCACAGACUCCGUGGGCCUGUCUUCUGGGGAUGGAGAGGUUGAGGGACCUCCUCCUUCCCUAAGAGUCUGAGGAGGGAUGGAUUAUGUGGGUUUGAUCUAGGAUGAGGUCAAGUGCCUACGAAGAGGUAGAAGGAGGUGGAAAUAAGGCUCUUUUCUCUGGUUCUCUCCAAUCUCCUGUCUUCCCAGCUGAGACUCUCCUCCUCUGUCCCAUGACUCUGCCCCCUUACCCGUUUUAAGACUGCCCAUCUUCUGGGCUUGUCUCAUUUUAGCCCCACCCCCUCAUUAAAUAAAUACCCUGCAUUCCCCCAGCCACUUCCUGAGUAAUUAACAGCUGAUGUAGAAAACUCACCUUUUCAUCCAUGUUUUUGCUAGAUUCCCAGGGUCCAGGAGGGCUGGUGGAAGAACCAUAGCUACUAUAGGCUCAGUCCAGAUCAGAUAGGCCUGUGGGACUUGAAGGAGGUACUGAUGUAUGUUGUCUUACUGGGAUACUUUUGGCCACCACCAAUGUGACUUAAAGGCAUGGAAAGAGAUGGGCCUUGGGAGCACAAACUUACUGGCACUUGAGGUAAAACCAGAGGUGCUCCCCUUACCUGACCUAACGUUUUGGUGAACUGCAAAAAGUCCUAGACAGAAUAACGACAUCUGGGUUGUGGUUCCAUUAACUUUGCGUGACUGUGGCUAAACCCUACGACUUCUUUAGGCCUUGGUUCCCUGUCUGUAAAAUAAGGGAUUUAAACUCUUCCAUGCCUAAAAUUUUAUGUGUAUGAGGUUCUGGAGGCAAGGAAUUGCCACUGGAGGGUAUUAUUUUGGCUUCAACUCAGUGCCAAUAAAAAGAGGGGGAGGUUGGAACAGGCUGGGGGAUUUGGGCAUCAAAGCCAGGCAGGUAAAUCCAGUAUGGUUCCAGGCUACCUGGCAGAAGGUCCAGAGUAGUUAGGACUCUCCCUCUUGGGGAGGACUUGAAGUCACUUCCCUGAGUCUAAAAUCCCGGGACCAGUUAUUUUCUGGCAAAUGUAGGCUCAUACGUGGGAUUACUUGCUGGAUAUCACAAGACAUCAUGCAGGCCCUGGGAAUGGUUAGAAUGCUGGGAUCGGAAUUCCUGAGAUUUCAGGAAUUUGGGGAAUGCUAGAUUGUGGGGAUGUGGGUUUCCCUGGGAUACUGGCAUGGCAUCUCAUGUCAAGGCCCCCGAGAUGACCUUCUUAAGGGUUAUCUUGCUCUUCACUAAUCAGACGAGGAGGAAGGAAAGCAAUCAGAAAUUCUUGUAAUUUCCUGGCCUCCGUUUCAUUGCAUCCCCUUCCCUGAACCAGAUUCUUUGGAGCUGGAGUGUCAGCCAGGAUUGAUUGCCUCAGUUUUGGCUUCAGUGUGGAGGUGUGCUAGGGCCUAAAGAGGUCAGUUUCUUUUGGGACCAAGGAGAACCAUAUGUCCUGAUAUGGGGCUCCUAAGCUGAAGAGGAUCAUGGCCAAAAUGGGGCUCUGGAACAGCAGCUGUAUAGAAAAGCUUAGUAAGUUGAAGGGCUGCCCCGUCUGGGACUAGGUAAUUUUCUUCCAUAUGCCUCUUAUUUUGGUGUAUUAUUUCUAAGUGUGUAUAUUCUUUUCCCUUGUAAAUAAACACUGGAAAAUCCAUUCUUAUGUCUGCAAGUGUGUGGAGAUGGAGAGAAAAAUCAGAAGAACAGGAAGCUUAUAUAAGAGUUCAGAAUUCAGUUAAUUGUGACCAUGGAAUGGGAAAGGUAAUUAAGGAGCAAAUUUCUGAACCCAGAGAACCAAGGCAGCUCAGGAAUCAGGAUAGGUUUAAUAGGUUUGAUGACUUGAAUUGGGGACUCAGUGAUUGGGGAAGGUUUAGAAAGUUGUAAAAGGUCACUAAAAAACCUAAUAAAGGUGGCACAUAUUACAAAGCAGAUAUUAUCAAAGCUAUCUGGUAUGGGGAAAAAAUGAAAAAAAAAAGAUCAAAGAAAUAGAAUAGAUAUACCAGACAUCCAAUCAAAUGUGCACCAAAGAUUAAUGUUUGAUAAAUCUAUAGAAAAUAAAAACUAGGGAAAAGAUUCAUUAUUUAACAAAUGUAUUUGGGAAAACUGGUAGAAAUUUGGAUGGGAAAUGGAUGUCAACCCACAUCUUACAAACAUAUAUACCUUAGUGAAUUCUGGCUGGAUGACAGAGUUACACAUUUAAAAAAAAACCACUUUAAAAAAAGGGAGAAAAUGGAAUAAUGUAUUCAUCUUAAAUGUGAUGAUUACAGGACUUUUUUCCAUUCAUGAAAUGGAAGGAAUAUUGGGAACAAGAUGGAUGUGCUUGCUGGUAUUAAAUAAAAAUUUUGUAUAAUAA